AUGUCCACUCUAUUGAAUUCAGCCAAGUCAAUUGUUCCAUUGCUUGAUCGUGUGCUAGUCCAGAGGGUCAAAGCGCAGGCAAAGACUGCUUCUGGUUUAUAUCUUCCAGAGAAAAACGUCGAAAAAUUGAACCAAGGUACUGUUCUAGCUGUUGGUCCAGGUUUCACCGAUGCUAACGGUAACAAAGUUGCUCCUCAAGUUAAAGUAGGUGAUCAAGUUCUAAUCCCACAAUACGGUGGUUCUAGCAUUAAAUUGAAGGAUGAUGAAGAAGUUAUUCUAUUCAGAGACUCCGAGAUUUUGGCUAAGAUUAAUGAUGCCUGA